AAAGCCUGGAUAAUGGAAGAGAAUAUUUGAGAGAUGGAAGUGCCCCUCUCCUUUGCCUCUGUCUGCAGUGACAGGCUGCCUAGCGGCGGUGGGAUGGCCGGGUUGCUGCCGGCCAGGCUCUGGUCCUUGGCCAACGCGAGGCAGCAGGGAUGUGCCAGCUGCCUGUGGCCACUGCAUCCCCCUCCUGCAUCACCAGCCUGCUGCCUCCAAAGGCCAGGGAGCUGAAGCAGCAGCCUCAUCGUGGGGCUGGAAGUGAAGGGUGAUUGAAAGUCAUGGCCCGGGGUCAGACACUGGGUUCUGAUAACUCCAGACGUGUGAAGAUGAAGUCCGCUUACAGGGCCCUGAACCCUCCUCAUCUGAUGAGACAGACCCUAGGCAGGUGUGGACAGGAUGCUGGCAGUGAGAGAGAACACAAGCAUAAAUUACAGGCCUGCCAUGUGCUAGGAUACCCUUAGCACAGGUGUGGAAAUCAGGCUGAGGACAAGAAAAUGGCACUUCCCACGGGGCUCUCAGCUACAGAAAAAGCUGACGCCCAUGAGGAAGAUGAGCUUCGAGCUGCUGAAGAGCAGCGUAUCCAGUCACUGAUGACCAAGAUGACCGCCAUGGCAAAUGAAGAGACCCGUCUCACUGCAAGCUCCGUGGGCCAGAUCGUGGGACUCUGCUCUGCCGAGAUCAAGCAGAUCGUGUCUGAGUACGCGGAGAAGCAGUCUGAGCUAUCAGCUGAAGAAAGUCCGGAAAAAUUAGGAACCUCGCAGCUACAUCGUCGGAAAGUCAUUUCCUUAAACAAGCAGAUUCUGCAGAAGACCAAACAUCUGGAAGAGCUGCAGGCAAAUCAUACCAACCUACAGAGCAGACACGAUGAAAUGAAGAAAACGCUGACAGGGUUGAAGAGCCAUAGCGAGAAACUGGACAAAGAACAAGCCGCCCUGGAGAAGAUAGAAUCCAAAGCUGAUCCCAGUAUCCUGCAGAACUUGAGAGCACUUGUAGCCAUGAAUGAAAACCUGAAAAGUCAGGAACAGGAAUUUAAAGCACAUUGUCGAGAGGAGAUGACACGGCUGCAACAGGAAAUUGAGACCCUGAAGGCUGAGAGAGCGCCAGGCGGAGAUGAAAAGACCCUCUCCAGGGGAGAGCCGCACGGUGCCCUGACCCCUGUGAUGACUCAUAAUGAAGACCUAGACAGACGGUAUAAUAUGGAGAAAGAGAAACUUUACAAGAUCCGUUUACUACAGGCUCGAAGAAAUCGAGAAAUAGCAAUUUUGCAUCGCAAGAUUGAUGAAGUGCCCAGCCGAGCGGAGCUAAUACAGUAUCAGAAGAGAUUUAUUGAACUCUACCGCCAGAUUUCGGCAGUGCACAAAGAAACCAAGCAGUUCUUCACUUUAUAUAAUACCCUGGAUGAUAAAAAGGUCUAUUUGGAAAAAGAGAUUAGCCUGCUGAACUCAAUUCACGAGAACUUCUCACAAGCCAUGGCCUCCCCUGCUGCCCGGGACCAGUUUUUGCGUCAGAUGGAACAGAUCGUAGAAGGAAUUAAGCAAAGUAGAAUGAAGAUGGAAAAGAAGAAGCAAGAGAACAAAAUGAGAAGGGACCAGCUGAAUGACCAGUACCUGGAGCUGCUAGAGAAGCAGAGGCUGUACUUCAAGACUGUGAAGGAGUUCAAGGAGGAGGGCCGCAGGAACGAGGUGCUACUGUCCAAGGUGGGAGCCAAGGCCUCCUGAGAGCCCCCGACAUCAUCAGCGCACGGCCGGGGUUCUCUAAAUGCCACUUACUGACAACAAGGCUGUGAAAUGGUUCUGAACGCUGCAUAGAGAGAUGGGGGUGCAGUGACCUCAACACCCUGGACAUGUUCUUGCUCCGAUUUGCUUCCACGUCAUCUCUGUGUUGGUUGUCGUUGAUGGAAUCAGAUGGUGUAGACAUUGGGGCUUGGAUAACACCCAUCAUCCUAUGAAGAAAUGUGGGCAAUAUUUGUUCUCUGUGUCAAUUCAACUUUCAUUUCUUCAGUAACAUUGCACAUAUGAAGGUACCUGUAUUUGUAUGGACCCUCUGAAUAAAGAAGAGUUCGUUUGUUCAGCAGAUGUUAAUUGAGCAACCACUGGGAGGUAAGCACUGAGGGAGAUGGAGAGAAGUAUGAGACACAGACCCUGCACCCCAGACACCCAGCAUGUGUCCCAGGGUGCAGACAUAGCCCACCUGACCCCAGAGCUUUGCCACCUGGGAUAUUUUAGUAAACAAAGGCUUUUAGCUGAGUGACCAGCCCAUGUGAGUUGUUGGUCACUUGGGCCCUUCAUUGUCUGUGGUGCCUUUCAUUCUUGGCUCCUCAAGAGGCCGGCCAGCUGACGAAUGGUGUAGCAACUGGAAUGAAAGCUCGGUACUGCAGUUGGUUUAAUCUUUACACACUACUCGUUGCUCAAGGUCAUUUCACCCAAAAAUGGAAACAGGGGCCUCGCAUUGAGGACACUUCAAUAAGAAUGACACCUUCUCAUGCCCGAUUUUUCAUUUGAGUCACAGCCAACAUGGGGAGGGACUUGUGCAUCUCCCUCAUUAAGAGCACGUUAAAUGUGCCCUACGCUCUGGACAGGUCGUGGUCUAAGCAGAGAUGUGACCUGUGCACCAUUCACUGCAGUCCAAGGCAGGACGUGCUCAGUCUCAGAGUGACAGGUCAUGAGCAGGUACAGAGGGCAUCAGGAGGAGGAGCACUGAGGUGUGCAGAGGUCCGGGAGAGUCCAUGGAGGAGGCAAGAUUUGGGCUGGGUCUGAAGGGGGCCUCACAUUAUAAUAGGCAGAGAGAGGUGGAAAGACCACUUUGGAUAAAGUACGACUAUGAUUAAAAACUCGAGGGUGCAGACAGAGUCCGAGGCCUGCCUGUUGGGAGAGGAGUAGACUGGUCUCUCGGGAGGCCUUAGAGGAGCGAUGGGCUGGGACCAGCCUUUGGAGGGUCUUGAAGAGAGGCAGAGGGGUGACUUUAUUCUCUGAAAAUGAGCAGUCCAUGCCAAAGACGCAGCUCCUCCUGCCCUGGUCCUCAGGAGCCUGGCAGCUCAGUUAUGGUCAGUUAAGCCCAGCCUGAGGUUGGCACUUCAUUCUGCAUAAACCUUGCACUCAUACCAGUUAGCAGGUUUGGACAAUAAAACAGGAAAGCUUAACCGUGUCAAGCAAAUAGGGCCUUCAGUGCAGCCACGGGAACCUCGUGUUCAUUUGUAGUGCCGUAAUGUAUGCAUUAAGCAGGGCUGACAUGUACAAACCUAAAACAUCUCAUGCUGGACUGACAGCAGCCGUUGGCUUCUGUGCCAGGGCCAGGGCGGCCCAGUGAUGGGAUGGCUGCUUCCGGAGCUGAGUGGAAGCAGCAGUCUUUGAAAUGGCACUCCCGCGUGCUGAGUGCACUGCUCCCGGGCCACGUGCAUCUCCGGAUAGGGUGGACCCUGGCCGUGGUCAUGUGUGGACUUCGGCAGGGCUCUGUGAAGUUGACGCAAGUGACUGCCAAAGAGUGGGUGGCUCUCUGAAGGCAGGGGAAGGAGACAGCAGUUUGACGGGAAAGUAUUUUAGGUUCAGGAAAACAUCGCCCCUUGUUGGGAAGCUCAGAGACCGGCUCCUUAAUUCACCACUUCUGAGCAGUUGGGAGACUCUGUGUGGAUCUGUCCACAGGUGGCAGGGAGGAGGUGGUUAUGGUAGGCCACCUCUCUAUGUUAUUGGGGGAAGUACGGCACGACGAAUCCUGAGCAACCAAUAAUUCUUUUUAAGAGCCCGGUGGCAUAGUGGUUAAGUUCGUGUGCUCCAAUUCGGUGGACCAGGGUUCGCGAGUUCGAAUCCUGGGCGUGGUCCUGCACACUGCUUGUCAGGGCCAUGCUGUGGUGGCAUCCCACAUACAAAAUAGAGGAAGAUUGGCAUAGAUGUUGGCUCAGCGACAGUCUUCCUCAAGCAAGAAGAGGAAGAUUGGCAACAGAUGUUAGCUCAGAGCCAAUCUUCCUCACCAAAAAAAGAAAAAGUAGGGUCAUUUAUUUAUUUGGGGCUAUGUUUCUGAAGAGUUUCACUGGGUUUGGUUUGGGGAUAGGGAGUUAUCAGUAGAAAUCUUUUCCCUCUCUUUAAUCUAUGAGGCCUAAUACAGAUGAUAAAUUUGUUUCCAUUCCUUGAAAACAUUUUUAAUUAGGCAGAAGCCAGUCUUGAGAAUUCCGUGUUUGCCACAGAUAACCCAUAGAGUGGCUAGUGCCUUUGUGAGUAAUUACAAAGAUGGACAGUACAAAUUAGGACAUUAAGUGUGCUUUACAGUCAGGCCUUAGAGGCUGAGGAGAGGCCCCGAGGCCCCAAGGCCCCAUCAUUUGAGAAGUCACUCAAGGAGGUUCCUCCGCAUCCUUCUGUAUGUCCAGACAGAGUAUGGCUGGGUGUUCUGCCAAGCCCACAGGCUUUUCUGGAGUAAACAAAGAAGGGGGAAGACAUCCUUCACUUACUUUCAUGAAAUGCGUGCUUCAGGAAGAAUGAGGUUUCCCCAGGAAGCCUUCAGCUGUCCUGCUCCAUCAGAGCAAUGAGCUUGCUAAGGGGGCAGACAUCCUGUGGCUGGCCGCCCAGGGCCCUGGGAUUCUGGGCCAGCCUCUGGGUCAGGGGCUCCCCUCCUUCCCACAUGCGUCUCGUGGAGUACGUGGGCUGCUUUGGUUCAAACCAAAGUCAGGACAGACUAGGUGACCAUGAGACAUCUGGGGGGACAAUGGGGACAUAUUUCCUGUUGUCCUUGGCCUGGGCUCAGUCUCUCAUGGAUCACUGGGGUCAGCUCAAGCACUGGAGGGAGGUGCCAAGUGUUAGAGGACAGCCACCCCAGUCACACGUGAGGGGUCUGUUUCCUUUUUUAACAGAGAGGGCAACUUCCAAGUUUCUCAGGCCUAAGCUCUGGUUAGAGUCUGAAGUGUGUGGUUCUAAGUAGAUUCUGGUUCCUUGCCCGUAUUCUGUGGAUGGUCAGGUCCUGCCAGUGUCAACUGAGCCUGGCAGUGGAGCCAGAAGGCAGAGGGGCUGGUCCAGACAGGAGGCCUUUCCCAGGCCGAGGAAGCACUCCCUGACCAAACACCGUAACUCUCGGGACCUCCUGACACCAGGGCGGAGGAUGGGGAAGGCUCCAGGCAGCCCUCUUACUACCUCACACAGCACCAUCCCUGUGACAUCAGGCUGUAGCGCUGGGGGCCCCUGUCACGUCUAGUGACCCAAGCAGACCCGCCUGAAAGGACUCUUGGACAGCACACAGUGGCCUGUCACCUGUGCCACCUUGGUUUCUCUCAGCAUGGCCUGGUGUCGUGCUCUCUGCAGGUGACUGAUGGUCAGUGGAGCAGGGAAGCAGUCAUUCUAGCAGUACACGUGAAAAGUUCCCUUGGCCGAGCCUGAGAGGCAGAUAGCUGGCCUGACAUGUGCUUUGAGGGAGAGCACAAGGAUGUGCUGUGUGAUUUGCUCGUGGCCUUGGUUGGCCUCCAGGGGAAAGUGCAUCUUCCAGCAGAGCGGGGCAGUGGCGGAGCCCAGCAGGAUGAGGUGCCAUGUCUGUCCAUGGGGCUGGGUAUGGCCAGCAGAGCCGCCCUGUUUGAUGCAUCUUCAGGGAAUCUCAGGCCCUCUCUUUGUCCUUUUCCCUCUGUCCAGAGCACUCCAUCUAACAGCACAUGGUGAUAGGCUGAAAAUGGUACAUAAGAAAUGGUUAUAAUGGUCUCCCCUCUUCUCACAAUAACUGUGAAAACGAUAGCGGGGAUUUAGGAACUGGUCUGUGGCCUGUUUGACCAUGUCGGGAAUCCUGUGUGCUCUCCACGUCAGCCCUACAUCCGUUCCUCAGAGUGCGAGCUCGUGCCUGCUCGUGGCCGUUGCCCUUUCUGUUGCCUCUGCCUAGAUGGCUUUUCCCCCAAGGUCGUGGGCAGUGGCUUUCCCUGACGCCCUGACACUUGUACAGACCCAUUCAGUGUCAGCCUGUAGCCCUGACCAUGUUCUGCCCUUUCCCUGCUCUCUGUCUUGCUGGCAUAUGCCACUGUUUGAACGUCGGGGUCCUUUGCAAACCGUGCCUGCCCUCCCCUCAGGGUGUCAGAGUGACGGCGGGGACCAUCUCCCCAGCAGCUGGCUGGGGGGAUGAGGAAACUCUGGUUGGAUAAAAGAGCUUCUCCACGUGGCAACUUUGCCCCCCUGUGUUGGCAGAGUUCAGAUUGAGCCGUUCAUCUGACCUAUGCUUGGUUUGAGAGCAGGUAGACAGUUUUAUUCAGCAGCUUCAGAGGACCUCUCUCAGACUGUGUGUGUUAUAUUCUCAUCGUGAAGGGUGGGAUGAGAAAGGUGUGAGGGGUUUCAUACCUCGCAAAGGAAUUACCUUCUACACAUGUUUUUUCUCCCCAUGUAGGAAAAAAGAAAGGGUAUGCACACUAACAUCAGAGAUUAGAUCAUGGGGUGUGUUUGGGCUCAAAGCAUGUCAUGAAUCUAAAGGUAACUUGACUGGUUGAAAUGACUCAGCCACGAGAAACCAAGAAGUGGGAAGCAGCCCUCGGAUACGGUCCUGCCUCAUGGAGGGUGACCGACGACCUUUUAAAGGUGCAAACGCACACACCUUUCGAGCCAGCAGUGCUACUCCUGGGAAUUUUUCCAUGUACAGGAUUUUCACUGCAGCAUUGUUUGCAAUAGCAAAAAGAAAAAGACAAAAAAAACACUGGAAUCUACACCAGCGUAGGGCAGUGGUUAAAUAUAUUCUGGUGAAUGUGUACAAUGGAAUACUAAGAGAAAUUUAAGAGAAUAGAGCCACUGUGUAAGCACUGCCAUGGAAUGCCCCCCAGGAUGCAUGGUUAAGUGGGGAGAAAGAGGCUCAUCGUGUCCUAGUGUUUGUCUUUAAAAAGAGGAAGGGGAUGGGGAAAAACGUGUGUCUGUGGGUGUGUAUAUGUAUGUGUGGGUCUGUCCGUAUACACACGCACAUGGACAUCUAAACAUAUCUGCUCGCAUAUGCCUAGACGAGGAGGAUACACGGCACCUGGCGGCCUUGGUUGCCUCUGGGAAAUGGGGUGGGAAUUACUUUUCACUGUAUGCCUUUUGUACCUUUUGCAUUUUGUACCAUGUACCGGUAUUAUCUAUUCAAAAAAUAAAGUUUUUAAAUUUUCA